CCGUCGUUGGCCGCGAGAUGCGUCGUUCGCCUGAGCCAAAGAGUGUCAAGUUAGUGUGUGUGCGUUUAGCGUCAAGUCUUCAUCAUAACAUCUCCGGGCUUAUCCUUUUAAUCCGCUCUUAGCGGCUUUUAUCCCACAGCCUUAAUUCUCUCAUGAGGAUACUGUGGAGGCUCAUGGGGCGACAGUGACCAGCUCCACGCAGAGCAGAGACAAGUUUGAGACAACAACAACCCUCCAGGAACGCGAUCGUUUCGGGGCUGAGCCUCUCACAUCUAAGAAACGUAGGAAGAAAUAAAUUAGAAUAUGUAAUUUUUUUUUUUUCCCCCUCCACCAGACAAUCUUCCUAGAGCCGGACUCCCAUGGCAAAACAGCACAAUAGCCCCCGGUCCAGCUGAACACAAUAGCCCGCAUUUACCAUCAUGCAGGUCCCCACAGAGGACGCCGGCGCCUCAUUGGCUGAGAUAUCGCAGGAGUGGAUCGGUGCAGGAGGGAGAGAGACGGAGAGAGAGACGGAGAGAGAGAGUAGCGAGGAGGGGAGAAGGCACGAGAAGAUGUGACUGUGACUCCGCCACGGCGUCCUGACACAUCACGGAGCAGAGGGACGCGAGAGGUUUUCACACUCCUGUGUUUUUUAUUUGUCUGAUGACGGCGGACUUCACGGGAUAACUUCUCCCAACGGCUGACGAGCAACAGCUGGGCUGACUGAUCUGAAGGAUCUCGCAGUGACCUGGACCCGAUCCCUCGUUUACCGACUACUUAUCCAGACUACACCUGAAACCUGUUUCGGGCUAUUUCGGUCUUUUCCCGAUAGGAGCCGCACUGUUCUCUUGCAGGGUCGGCAUUGCUCGGGGGGGGGGGGGAGGGGUGGCUGCUCCCACUGUAAAUGAGUGUCCCCGCGAGCAGCCUGGGACUGCCGCCCUCAGAGUCUCCCCCGCCACCUGCUGAGACCCCCCGGAAGUCGCCUCCCGCCGCGCCUCUGGGAUGGUGUGACCCCCGGCCACCACCUGUCGGCCGCCCCACAUCUGGGUCAAGAUGCCGGUGAUGAAGGGCCUCCUGGCCCCUCAGAACACCUUCCUGGACACCAUCGCCACGCGCUUCGAUGGCACCCACAGUAAUUUCCUGUUGGGUAACGCCCAGGGCCACCGCGGCUACCCCAUCGUCUACUGCUCGGACGGCUUCUGCGAGUUGACCGGGUUCACGAGGACCGAGGUGAUGCAGAAGAACUGCAGCUGCCGCUUCCUGUACGGGGCCGACACCAGCGAGCACGUGGCCCAGCAGAUGGAGAAGGCUCUGGAGGGCCGAGAGGAGUACCAGGCAGAGGUCCACUUCUACAAGAAGAAUGGUGUGGCAUUCUGGUGUCUGUUAGACAUCGUGCCCAUAAAGAACGAGAAGGGCGAAAUGGUUCUCUUCCUCUUCUCAUUCAAGGACAUCACCGACACCUUCGGGAAGAGCUACCACAACAGCAGGAAGGAGGUUUCAGACGACAAGAGGCACAGGAGGAAGAGCAGCUCUCACUUCCGAGAGGCCAGGAAGCGUGGACGCACCAUGUUGUACCAGCUGACCAGCCAGUUCUCCAGAGGAGGCAAAGGAGAAGUCAACCUGGACGAAAAUAUCGUUGAGAAGCCUUCAGUGCCAGAGUACAAGGUGGCAGCAGUCGAGAAGUCACGCUUCAUUCUGUUCCACUACAGCAUUUUAAAGGCCCUGUGGGACUGGCUCAUUCUGCUGGCUACCUUCUAUGUGGCUGUCACCGUGCCCUACAAUGUCAGCUUCAUGCCGCACGACGCUAUCGUCACAGCUGCUCGCUCCACCAUCGUCAGUGACAUAGUUGUGGAAAUGCUUUUUAUUAUUGACAUCAUCCUGAACUUUCGCACCACCUAUGUGAGCCAAUCAGGCCAGGUGGUGUACGAGUCACGCUCAAUUUGCAUCCACUACGCCACCACUUGGUUCAUUGUGGACAUGGUGGCUGCGUUUCCCUUUGACCUGCUGUAUGUCUUUAAUAUAACAGUGACAUCCUUGGUCCACCUGCUUAAGACGGUGCGUCUCCUGCGCCUUCUUCGUCUGCUUCAGAAGCUCGACCGCUACUCUCAGUACAGCUCCAUGGUGCUUACCUUGCUCAUGUCCGUGUUUGCGCUGCUGGCGCACUGGAUGGCCUGCAUCUGGUACAUGAUCGGACGCAGGGAGCUGGAGACCAGCGAGAGCUGGGAAAUAGGGUGGCUCCAUGAGCUGGGCAAACGUCUGGAGACGCCCUACAUUAACAGCACUGUGGGCGGCCCAUCGGUGCGCAGCUCCUACAUCGCUGCCCUCUACUUUACCCUCAGCAGCCUGACCAGUGUGGGCUUCGGCAACGUCUGCGCCAACACCGACUCGGAGAAGAUCUUCUCCAUCUGCGCCAUGCUCGUUGGCGCACUGAUGCACGCCCUGGUCUUCGGUAAUGUGUCAGCCAUCAUCCAGCGUAUGUACUCACGCCUUUCUCUCUACCACACUCGCAUGAAGGACCUGAAGGACUUCAUCCGUGUGCACCGCCUGCCUCAGCAGAUUAAACAACGCAUGCUGGAGUACUUCCAGACCACAUGGUCUGUCAACAACGGCAUAGAUGCCAACGAGCUCCUGCAUGACUUUCCUGAUGAGCUGCGGGCCGACAUCGCCAUGCAUCUGAAUAAGGACAUCCUCCAGCUGCCGGUGUUUAAGGGGGCCAGUCGCGGCUGCCUGCGCUCCCUCUCCCUCAAUAUAAAAACCUCUUUCUGCGUACCCGGGGAGUACCUGAUACGUCAGGGCGACGCGCUGCACGCCAGCUACUUCGUCUGCUCCGGCUCUCUGGAGGUGCUGAAAGACGGCAUGGUGCUGGCUAUAUUAGGAAAAGGGGACUUGAUUGGGUCUGACCUGCAAGGGGCAGACCAAGUCAUCAAGACCAACGCCGAUGUGAAGGCGCUGACCUACUGCGACCUGCAGUACAUCAGCCUGCGCGGCCUGAGAGAGGUGUUGCAGCUGUACCCUGAGUACGCCAGCGUGUUCGCCACCGAUAUCUACAACAACCUGACCUAUAACCUGCGCGAGGGCAGCCAGGACGAGGGUCUCAGCAGAUGCCCAAGGUCACCCAGGUUUUCCCAUGAAGCCCAGCUCCCUUCCAUCGUGGAAACCAAAAGCAACGACCCCGACGACUGCUUCCACCUUUCGCCGGCGACGCGCUCCCGCCGCAACCUCCUGCUGCCAAACUUCACCAGCCCCGUGCGGCGCACCUCCCUGGGCAACCUCCUGGGAGACGAGCUGCGCCAGUUCAACGCCCUGCGACGCUGCCGUUCGCCAAACCUCAGCCGCGGCCCCCGCGGGCUCGGCUCGUCGCCUCAGCCGCCGCCGAAAAAGGCGCACAGCGCCCCGUCGUCCACCCGGGCCCCGUCCUCCGCCUCGUCGCAGGAAGAGUCGAGGGCCGAGCAGAAGCCCUCGAAGCUGCUCAUCCCGACUGUCCAGUGUUUCGGGCCCCCGGAUCUCAGUCCCAGGGUUGUAGAUGGCGUCGAAGACAAUGGGCACACGUUCCAUUUCAACGUGGAGCACAGAGGGCCCGGCGCCAGAACAGGAGGCGGCUCCCAAGAGUCUGCACAGACUAAUGCGUCUCUGAUGCUGGAGACAGAAGAGGUCCGUCAGAGCAUCAGUCAGCUCAACGUCAAGAUGAGCACAUUAUCCCAGGAAGUAUCUGAGCUCACCAAGGGCCUGCACCACAUGAUGCACUUCCUCCAGACUCACAUAUCCGUACGUCAGCACGAAACGCCAUCAUCCUCACGUGCUCACGACAGGCCGCUCCACUCCGCCUCGUCCUACCGCCUCCAAACCGACCCCGGGAGCCAGAGCAGCCAAAGUGCCCCGUCCACCGACCAGUGGAGCUACAGUGGAUCCCCCGAAACCCAAACGGAGAUGCACCACUGGUCUCAGUCGUCCAGCCCGCCCCCUAACUCCUCUCUGCCCCCAUCCGGAAGCUCCGCGUCAAAGUUAGGCUCAUGCGACAGCGCCGACAGCACGACGGCGCAUUUCUGGGCCCACCCGUCUUUUCUCAACCUCAGUCCGAUCCUCACGCCUCACGCCGAGGAGGAAGACUCUGACAAAAUAUCUCUCAGCGCUAGUCCGAGCACCAACAGCCAGUCCCAGCCCACUUUGUGCCUGCAGCCUCCCAGUGAUAGCGAUGAAUUAUCUUGCCUUUUGUCCGACUCCCGCGAAGGCACACACUCACACAGCCUGCUGGACUCUAUUUACCAUCACUGCCGUGCCUCUGAGUCAAAUCUCAACCACCCGCAGGCCUCGAACGAGGCCAUUCACGCUCUGGUGUCCUCGCAGACGUCUGACAUCUUGAUCCAGGACACUUCAUUCUUCCAAGCCGAGGACUCGGACGUCUCCGGCCCCCUUGCCUCCCCCUCCGAACCCACAUCACCCUGCCAGCCUUCUCCUGUCUCCGCCCUGGAUUCGGGAUCGCCGCAGUCCGACGUCCUCGAGCCGCACCUGUCGCUGGGAAACCCGUCUCCCGAACACACCAGUCUGGAGUGCCUGCUCGGGAAGGAGAGCUCCGUGGAGAGCAGGGACAGUGAGAGCGUGUCGUCGCGGCAGUCCAGCACCGGCCUCCAGACUCAGAGCACAGACCAGUCGUGGUGUCUGGACCUCACAGAUUAAAGAGGCAGACGGGAAUUAAGCAUCCGUGGACAAAAAAAAGACGUGAGAACUCCUGACAGUGUUUAAAGAGACUGAACUAGCGGCUGUCAGUGGGCGCUCUGAUAAACCCCCCGUUAACUCCUGGGCUGUUGUAUUUGUCAAACUUCUUGCAAUUAACACCAUUUCUAUGCAAAAGCAUGUGAGUUGUGCAUUAUCUCGGCUUUACUAAAGUGUGUCUUUAAAAAAAAAAAAACGAAAACAAAAAAAACAAACUCCACAGCCGUGGGUUCCAGUAUAUACUGUAUAGUUUUUUUUUUCCAACAUCCUCAGAGCAAUUUGCAGUCGAUGACACCUGUUACCUCCUUGCAUGGUAAAGUCGUUUCUUUUUCCUAAGGAAAAGGUUUCCAAAUUAAUGUGUAAGCAUUCUACGUGACAACCUGUCGAUUGUGUACACAGACACUGUAUUUAUGUGGCGGACGGAUCAGAGUGGACGGAUGUUUUAAUAAACAGAGGAACAGACACAUGCUUCAGUUCGCAUGUAGGAAAUAGAGUAUGUGCAUCACAGCAUAGAUUGUUUAUUGUUUUUAAUUGAAUGUUCAAGUUUUUUUUUUCUAUUUCUAAAUUCUUCUCCUUUUUUUUCUGAAAUAUGAAAUAUCUGAACUAUUCUGCUCUCCUAAAAAUGAUUAAGGCGAUUCCUCACCAAGGCUUUAAGUACGAUACUGUUAAAUAACCUCUGAGCAGAAUUCUGUCUUAAACAUCCAAACACAAACACGAUGAUAUUAAGAUAAAUAAAAGUGGGUCCCGUGAAACAUAUAAACCUGUUCUUAAUUUAAUAAAUAAUAAUAAAUGUCUGAGAGACUCA